UGUCUUGAAUCACCUUUGGAGCAAAUGUCAUAAAAAUCUGAACGAGGUGUUGUGGCUCAGUGUGGCUCAGCAGACAGCCUGCUGAGCAGCACAGUGGGCAGAGAGGGACAGAGGAGGCAGCCAGAAAAGGAAGCACGACUCGCUUAUCGCGUCAUUCUGGGUUAGGCGUUGAGCAGGAAACAGCCUUUCCUCUCGGAUUGUCGCAGUAGGAACAAACACACAUUUUUGUCUUUGCUCAAUGCACCCCUCGGCACAGAACACGCGAAAGCCGGUCAGAAGGAAAAAUGCUUCCUUCGAUAGAGAUAGCUGUCCUGCUCCUCGGCGUCCUGGCUUUGGAGACGCGCCGGAGUGCCAGCGCGCUGCACAUCCAACAGGCAUUCGCGUCUCCAAAUCACACCAAUAACUUCGUGUUGGACCCAGUUUCCAGGAAAGUCUACCUGGCCACCGUCAACACCGUCUAUCAGCUUAACGGGACCUUGAAAAUGGAGGUGGAGAAGAGGACCGGGCCGGUGGAGGACAACCUGUUGUGCCAUGCGCCACAGCUGCCCCAGGCUCCGUGCGAGCAUCCCAAAUCCCUCACUGAUAACCACAACAAGCUGCUGAAGCUGGACCGUGAGCAGGGGGUCGUGGUGGUGUGUGGAUCUGUGUACCAGGGCUUCUGUGAGCUCCGGAAAAUGGAGAAUAUUUCGGAGAUAGCGGUGGAGUUCCCACCCCAGGGCGAGAAGACUGUUUUCCCCAGCAUGCUCAACAUCGCUGCUAAUCACCCAAAUGCGUCCACGGUGGGUCUCAUCUUCAACAGCCACGGGGGAAACACCCGGCUGCUGGUCGGGGCAACUUACACAGGGGCUGGCACCCAAUUUUUCCCCAAGAACCACAGCAAGGAAGACCUGCGCUUUGAAAACACCCCGGAGAUUGCUAUCCGCUCCUUGAACAUCAAGGAUUUAUCACGACUUUUCACCUAUGACAUUAACCCUUCAGAGGAUAAUGUAUUCAAGAUCAAACAGGAGGUCAAAACCAAAAACAAGCUGAACUUCGUGCACGCGUUCAUUCAGAAGUCUUACUCCUACAUUGCCUUUAAUAAUGAUGCCAAAAUGGGCCACAAGGAGAGCCUGCCCAACAGCAUCCUCGCCAGGAUCUGUCUGGAUACCGAAAACCCCCGAAAACCCACAGGGCCGGAGAGCAGGAAGCUUACUGAGUCCUACAUUCAGUUGCCCCUACAGUGCGGAUUUAACGGGAACAUUUACAACCGACUGCUGUCCGUUUACCCCGUGGAGAUCCAGGCAGAUAACGGGAGGAGCCCGGAGCCAUACCUUUUUGGAGUGUUUUCCAAGGCGGAUAAAAAGUCUGCUCUUUGCGCGUUCAAGUUUGGAGACAUCGAGGAAGAGAUUAGACAGGGCCGGAGGAACUGCUCCAACUCCCCCAGCAGCGACGUGCAGGUGCUGGACAGCGUCAUCCAGGGCUCCGGAGCAGCCUGCAUUCAAAAGGGAAACCUGGUGCUGCAGCCCGAGCAGCUGGACUGUGGAGCAGCCCACCUACAGCACCCUCUGGCUCUACGGAGGUCCCUGAGGGCAACUCCCCUUGUUGAGUACUCAGGUCUGAGUUCAGUCUCUGUGGACUAUGUUCACAACCACACGGUGGUCUUUCUAGGAACCAGUAAUGGACGACUUCGUAAGCUGACCUUCUUAGCGAACAUGACCUUGGCCAAUCAGUGGACGCUGAAGCUGCCAGCCAGUGAGGCUGUGCACCACAUCAUGACCUUCGACCCCAACGACAGAAACUUCCUCUAUCUCAUGACCUCUCACCAUAUGCUCAGGGUGAAGGUAGCAGAGUGUGACCAGUGGGGGAGCUGCAAUGACUGUUUGGGAGCAGGCGACGCCUACUGUGGCUGGUGUACCCUUGAGAAUCGAUGUACCAUCCAGGAGUGUGCUCAGGGACUGUUGGCACGCUCCUGGAUCAGCAUGGGUGAAGGCCCUCUGCAGUGUCCGUCCAUGACUCUGACGCCCCCUGAGAUCAGCAUCUCUGCGGACAUCAAGGAUGUUGGCAUUCUGAUAAACGGCAGUGUCCCUGAUCUAGCCGGCUCACGGGUGGAGUGUGAAUACGCGCCUGGUGUUUCUACAGCUGCCACAGUGCAUCUAGACUAUGGACCUGCUCAGAUCCAGACCUGCCCCCUCCUUCCGCGAGACAACUACCAACCAAUCCUCCCUGGCACAGAUCAUCUGACUGUUUCUGUGGCGAUAAAAGUGAAUGGUACAUCUGUGGUAUCUGGGACCUUCAUCAUCUACGACUGUGAGAGGACUGGCGCCAUACACCCCAAGACAUCGUGA